AUGGAUAACAGAGCAGCUCCACCGAGCAGGAUCCAAUCCAGGUGGCUGGGAUUCGAUCCUACCGCUGUCGUGAUCAAGGGGACACGCACCACUCUAACGAGCCCGUUAUCUGGACCGUGUAACGAGAAGGAGGUGAUGCACGGUUUGAACGAUCGCCUCGCGGGCUUCAUCGGGACGGUGCACCGGCUGGAGCAGCAGAAUCAGCUGCUGGAGCGGGAAAUCCAGGAGCUCCGAGGGAAGGCGAAGACCGCAUCCUGCCUGGAGGAGGAGUACGGACCGGAGCUGAGGAGGCUGAGACGCGUGGUUCAGGACAUCACUCACCAGAAGCACCGGAUCGAAAUCGAGCAUCAGGAUUUAGAGGAGGAGGUGUCCAGCGUGAGGAGACAACACGAGCAGGAGGAGCGCAGCAGAGCAGAGGCGCAGAGCAACAUCUUGGCCCUGAAGAAGGACAUAGACGACGCGUAUCGGGUUAAACUGCUGCUGGACAGGAAAGCUCAGUCCCUCGUGGAUGAGCUCACCCUCCUGAAGGGAAACCAUGAGGCCGAGGUGUCGGAGAUGUUUGGACAAAUCCAGGAUCUGCAGGAGAAUGUGGAGGCGCACGGAUUUGGCGCACCUGGCGUCACUGCGGCACUCCGGGACGUCAGGGCGCAGCUGGAAGGUCAUGCUGUGUCCGAAGUCUGGCAGGUUGGAGAAACUUUCAGAUCCCAGUUUGCGAGAUUAACAGAGGCGGCCGAGGCCAAGAGAGAAGCUUUAAAGGCGACCCAGCAGGAGGUGCAGGAGCACAGGAGGCGGCUGCAGGCCAGAAACACCGAGCUGGACUUUGCCAAAGGCACCAGGGACGCGCUAGAGAAGCAGCUGCGUGAGGUCGAGGAUCGACACGAGGAGGAAAUCAUCCACUAUCAGACGACAAUCAAAGAACUUGAAAACGAGCUGAUAAACUGCAAAUUUGACAUGUCUGGUUACCUGAGGGAGUACCAGGAUCUGUUAAAUGUGAAGAUGGCGUUGGACGUGGAGAUACUGUCUUACAGGAAACUUCUCUGUAGCGAGGAAGCUCGACUAUCCUCUCUGUCAGACACCCACGUCUCCUUGCCCUACAUCUACCACCAGUCCCCCGUCUACACCCUCCCCUGCCUCAGCCGGCCAGGCGGCCCCUACAGACGAGCAGAGCCCCAGUACAAGUUUGUGGAGGAGAUCAUAACGGAGACCACCAGGGAAAUUGAGAUGUCAGAAUUCGAGGACACAGGAUCAGAGGAGACAGAAGCGGAAAAAUAUGAGUGGGAGCGUGCCAAAAGGGAUAGAGGGGGCAGUGAGGAGGAGGAGGAUGAUAAUAAAGACAGUCGAGAGGAAGAAAGUGAGCAGGUGUCUGACAGUCAGCAGAAUCCGUCAGAAGGAAACUCAGUGAACGGAGGAGAUGACAGGGAUCGAUGGAGUCCUGGAGAGGUGGAGGAUGGUGAGAAGGGUCAAGAUAGAGGAGAGGAGUCAGAGGAAACUGAAGCAGGUGACAGAGAAGCUGUGAGUGGCCGAGACAAAAAGGCUCAAAGCAAAGUUUUAUUAAGUGAGAGUCAUGAUGAAGAAGAAAAUGAGCAACAGAAAAAAGUAGCUGAAGACACUAAAGAAGAAAAAGAUCCAGUGUCAAAGGCAACAGUUCGGAAAGACUCAAAAUCGGAGGUCACUUUGGAGGAGGAACUCGUGAAUAAUGAAAAGCAAGAUGCACUUAAAGAUAAUCUUAUCUCAACUCAAGUGAGGCAGCCAGUUGAUGAGGUCCCGACCAAAGAAUCAAGCAAAACUGAGCUGAGCAGUGCUGUUCAAGUGCAGGAUAAGAAAAGCUGUGAUUUUACAACAGAGAUAAAGAGCAUGGUUUCCCUAGAGACAGCUGGAGCAACUUCAAGCACAACACUCAGGAGAGAGGAAAAGGAAAUGAGCCGUUCUGAGAGGAAGGAAACCGAUAAAUCUGAAAGUGAGAAAGAAAAAGAAGAACAAGUAGCAAAAAGCCCUAAAGAUGCUGGACGUGAUAUAGACUCAUCUGACAAAUGUAGCUUAGCUGAAGUAAAGGACGAGAGAAACAGUGAAGAUGAUACUGAAACAGGCCGAAUUGUUUUGCCAAAUGUAAAGACAACUAGCGAAGAAAUCAAUAAGAUGCCUGGGAAAGAAAGGAGCCAGGUUCUGAGGUCAGAGCAGCCUGACACAAUGGAGAAUAAUUCGCAGAAGUAGGAGGAACAUUUAAUAAAAAAAAAAAAAAGGGGUUAAAAUUAAAUGCAAAUAUCAGGGAAAUUGAAGCUAAACCUAGAGAAUGGUUAAACUAAUGCAGAUGCAACUGCAAGGCCUGAACGGAGCAAAGAGAAGAAAACUGCUGCUGCUGUAAUUCUUCUUGAAAAUGAAAAACAGAGAGCGCACGAUUCUUCCGUCUGCAGCAGAUCUGACUUUAAACUCCUACGUCACUUUGUAAUCUAUUAAAAUAGUUUGACUCACCACGCAAACAUGAUUAUGAAUGUAAACGAUGCAAAGGGAAUUAAUCUACUUUGAUGCGUGCCAACACACACACAUGCAAGAUCAACAAGUACUGUGAUUCUGAGCUACACUUUGAGUAUAAUGAAAUAAUCUAUAGUGAUAUGUUUCUGCAAAGGAUAACACAAGAUGUUUAAUAUUUGAAAUAAGUCAGUCCUGUUGAUAUCAAAUAUAAAUAGCUGUAUACCACUGCAAUUUGAUGCAAUUAGUUUUUUGCUGUGAUGAAUGUGCGUCAUUCAUUGACUGAUUUCAACUCUUUUCAUAUGUCAGCAAUAAGUGGAUUUAGUCAUUCCCUUUAACUCAGUAUGUGAACAAAGCAAUGGGGCAUGCAUGAGCAUAUUAGUGACUGUAGAGGACAGCAGCGCAUCAAUGUGUAUUAAAU